AUGUCCGAUGACGAGCCUUCGAUCAGCGGUAAUCUAGAAGUUUCAUCUGAUGGAGAACGAAACCGAUUGUGGAGAACCUUUCGUUUCAUCCUGGCGAUCAUGAUAUUCUACGUUGUAAUGCUGUUCUUUGACUAUGAACAUGAAACUAUUCUAUUGAUUGUCGGUGCCGCUUGCUUUCUAUUUUGGCUCUUAUAUAUGUUGGUCAUUAUAACGAUGAUGGUUUGCGCGGACUGGUCUUCUCCGAACAUGCAAGGCGCGGAGGAGCAGGGUCUGACGAAUAAUGAGACGACUACACCAGUAAAUGGUCUAUCGCCAACCAAUGUGGACGACUUGUGUUCCGUACCUUUCGCUACAACAUCACAGUAUAUUCGAUCAAAUCUCGACAUAACAACUCCUGGGAUGUAUCCUGUUGAUGGCGGGUAUAACAUUGUUUACAACGCUAUUUUCUUUGGCAAAACACUCCGGAGUCAAGCUCGAUUGCAACUUUACUUUCAAAGAACGUCGAACGGAUGGUCAAUCUCGGGGUCUAGUGAAACUGCAUCUGGCUCACGAGAUAUUUCGGAAGGUUUUGUCAAUUCCAUCGGUCAAAUGUAUUGGAUUAUUGAUGACGAUCGAGAAGAACCCUGCAUAUAUCGAGGCAUUAUGGAUAUUCAGACAAGCAUCAUGUGUGAUGGAGAAUUCCAGAGUGCGAGCGAUACAAGUCGUGCCAAAGGUCGAAUUGUAAGGCUUGAAAAAAGGAACAGAAACGACGAAAAUGUGCGACAUGGAAUGGCCAAUACUGAUGGCAGCAUCAACCGAAGCAAGAAGACUGCUCACCGAUCGAGCUUGAAGCAGUUAGCCGAAAAGCAAUCGGUGGAAAUGGUUGAUUUUUCUACAAAAGGAGAUCGUUUGAUGUAG